CCAAGCUUCAGCUUGGAGAGCCCAACCGCCACAAUUGAUCCCAGCAGCUGGAGCGGCAGCGAGAGCCCUGCCGAGGACAUGGAGAGGAUGAGCGACUCGGCAGACAAGCCUGUAGACAAUGAUGCAGAGGGGGUGUGGAGCCCUGACAUUGAACAGAGCUUCCAGGAGGCCCUGGCCAUCUAUCCUCCUUGUGGGCGCAGGAAAAUCAUCCUCUCCGAUGAAGGAAAGAUGUAUGGUCGAAAUGAGCUGAUAGCGAGAUAUAUCAAGCUCCGGACUGGCAAGACGAGGACCCGAAAGCAGGUGUCUAGUCACAUACAGGUCUUAGCAAGAAAGAAAGUUCGAGAAAUCCAAGCUGCCAUUAAGGUGUCUAGUCACAUUCAGGUUCUUGCCAGAAGGAAAUCUCGUGAGUUUCAAUCCAAGCUAAAGGUAUGCAAUCUUGACCAGCGUGAAGGACAAAAAGCCCUCCAGAGCAUGGCCUCCAUGUCCUCGCUCAGAUCGUCUCGGCCACGGCUUAUUCACAACAAGCUCGGCCUGCCAGGCAUCCCUCGCCCAGCCUUCCCUGGAGCAGGGUUAUGGCAGGGUAUGAUUUCGACUGGUCAGCCAGGAUCAUCACAAGAUAUUAAGCCUUUCACGCAGCAACCCUAUCCCAUCCAGCCAGCAGUCACAACAGCCAUUUCAAGUUUUGAGCCCACAGCAGCUCCAGCACCCACGGCGCCAGCAUGGCAGGGCCGCUCCAUCGGUACAUCUAAACUCAGACUGGUGGAGUUCUCUGCUUUCCUAGAGCAGCAGAGAGACCCAGACUCUUACAACAAGCACCUGUUUGUACAUAUCGGGCAGACAAAUCAUUCCUACAGUGACGCCCUGCUGGAGUCGGUGGACAUUCGUCAGAUUUACGAUAAAUUCCCAGAAAAGAAAGGAGGACUGAAGGAGCUGUAUGGAAAAGGCCCCCAGAAUUCCUUCUUCCUCAUAAAAUUCUGGGCUGACUUAAACUGCAACAUUCAAGAUGAUACCGGAUCUUUCUAUGGCGUCACCAGUCAGUACGAGAGUCCAGAGAACAUGACCAUCACAUGUUCAACAAAAGUUUGCUCCUUUGGCAAGCAGGUUGUGGAGAAAGUUGAGACUGAAUAUGCACGCUUUGAAAAUGGACGUUUUGUCUACCGGAUAAGUCGAUCUCCCAUGUGUGAAUACAUGAUCAACUUUAUCCAUAAGCUAAAACAUCUGCCAGAGAAGUAUAUGAUGAACAGUGUGCUGGAGAACUUCACUAUCUUAUUGGUGGUGACAAAUAGGGACACCCAGGAGACGCUGCUAUGUAUGGCGUGCGUGUUUGAAGUUUCAAACAGUGAACAUGGCGCGCAGCAUCAUAUCUACAGACUGGUAAAGGAAUGAAACGGCUUAGAGCGCCUCCUUUUCAUAGACUUACCAACCUCAAAACAAAGUGGCAGUGCCUCUACAUGAAAGUCAUACCUACAAUGCUCUUUGGUCAAGGUCGGGUGGAGUCCGUUGUUAUAAAUCUGUUUUAAUAUAAGUGUUUGUUAUUUGACUGCAGCUGUGAAUUGCGGUACAGUUGUUUUAAUGUUUGAAUAUGGGAAUUUUAAAUAUGUUGGUCUUUGUCGGAUAUAAAUGUGGCCAUCCUUAAAAAAAAAUUUACUGGAUACAUUUGGUAAAUGAAAAUGUGUGUCGUAUUCUUCUGCUUUGUUAUGUGGACUAAGGAAAAAAAAAAAAAGGACGCGGGCCUUUUUUCUAUCAGCAGCCUGGUGUGGUCUGUGUAAUAUGUUUGAGGGUGUUUUGUAUGUCUGUACUUCAUAAUCUGUGAGCAUACAUACUGUAGAUAUACAGACAUGCACACACAGCCAAUAAACUUUCCAAAGAAACAGAACAACACUAUAUGUACAGUAGCUGAAAGCAAGUGGUUGUGAAUGAUGCGAAAUUACUAUUUCUUUAAAAAAAAAGAAAAGCAAACCAACAACUGAGCUUUCAGUAAUAUUUAUCCCUGUUGAAGCACUCCAAGUCUUAGACACCAACUACACAAUGAAUGCACUGUGAAAACACUACAAAUAUUUUUGCCUGCAUCCGCUCUGUAAAUGUAGGAAGUCUUACCGCGUGCUAAGCAUUUCAGUGCUGCAAACAAAUCGUUUUGUCUGACAAUGGGCAGGAGAAUUUUUUUUUUUAGGUGAAAGUACUGCUAAAAUUACUCUAAUCGGACUCUUAUCUGGUCCAAAAGCACUUUUUCCCCCUUUCCUGUGCUUGCCUUAGUGAUGUUUGCUUUUGUUCUGUUAAUUCUGUGGUUUUAAAACAACAAUUUAACUUAUCUUGACACUACAAAUCACUUGUAGACAGCACGCCUCAUCCAGCAUGCUGUGGCCUUGCCCCACUCCCCUCCUGAAAGACUUCUUCCCCCUCUGGGAUCGCCGUGUGAUAACUCUAAGCCAGAGUGUUGCUGCCUUUGUGGUCACACUAUGUUCACAUGUUUCUGUGGCCUACACUAAUUGCCGAGCCUUAAACACGUACGUACAAGCUGUAUGUGAACUCCAAAAGAUGCCACUAAAACUGUGAUCUCUACAUUGUGUUUGCAUUGUUUAAAAAAAGAAAAAAAAAAUCACAAUUCAACCUGCCAAAGCAUAAGUGUACAGUGCCUUAGAGUAUACUCUAACAUUACCCUAUAUCUACCCUGUUUUCUAACUCUAAAAUUAGUUUUGUGGAUGAAAUGGGCAGAAAUAACUUACAGAUCUAUUAUUUGGUGCAUCUUUACAUCUGAGCAAUCAUACACAAAAUUGGUACACUCCUAGAAAUACAGUUUUUGUUGUUUUUAAAGAGGCAGUACACUCAUGUUGCAGUACAUUUGCAAAUCUAAGCUCAGAAACAGUUUAUUUUUCCUCUAACUGUAUAUGUUCCUAAAAUAUCAGCUUUUUUUUUUCUCUUUUCUAAGAGUGUACUAUAAAAAGACUGACUGCCUUUCCUGUCGCAGAAGACCAAAAAUACAGAGAUACAGUCAAUUAUUGUUGUGCCCUGCAUGGUAGCAAGGAAGUGCCUUUGGUUCAGAUUUUCCAGCUUCAACAAAACGAUCAAACAGAAAUUAAAAAAUUAACGUUGAUAGACCAAAAAAAACAAAACAAAAUGAGACAUAAGUGAAACAAAUCACCGCAUUGCCUUUCAAAGGACUGUAAUGACAGCAGGGGAACAUGGUUACUAAGACGAAAAAAAUAAAUGAUAUUCAUUUUUAUUGCAUUGUAAAUUGAUUUCUCCAACUGUUUCUUCGCUUGAGGUUAAAGACUUUGUCUGAGAUUGAACGGCCGCUGACUGCAUGCAGGAUGUCAACUGAAAAACACUGAAGCUGUCUGCUUCGUGCACACUUGCAGGUUCAAGUGUUUUCGUUUGUUUUGGGGUUUUUUUUGGAAUCAUCAUGGUUUCUUCUUUCCCAUGGCUACACAAGACUUUCUCAAUGUCACAGCUGUGAUGUCUACAAGGCAGGGACCGACACGAGCUUUUAUCCAUUAGAACAAAAAAAAAAAAA